UUUGUUGGAACUAACACAUGUGGGUAUCCGUUACUCGUGAUUCUUGCUUAUAUGCCUAUGCAUAUUUUACGUUGACAUUUUCCAUCAGCUGUUAAUUGAUCACGACAUCCAAGGUGGUCCCAGACUGUCGUGUAGGCUCACUUCUUGUUGUAUCGUUGAUAGAUGUGCGAGGUCUUGGCGAGGUCGACCUUGUCUCAAACAUUUGCCGAUAGUCAUGGAUGUUGGUCGACAGAUUUUCUCCCCAACGUCCAUUGCACUGAUACUGAUCCUAGUGUUGUCUCAAGUCUCCUACAGUGAUGCAUACAACUACGUGUCCUUCAACACGUCGGGGAAACACGUCAAGUACAUCAACGACGUUGGGGUGAAGAUCACGGGCGCACACUCCAUGGUGUUGAAGAUCAAGACCUGCGCCAAGGCCUAUCUCAUCCUCACAGAGACUGUCCUCUACCAGAAGACCAAGAACUACUAUGUGGUCAUGCUCGACCGGACCGAGAAGCCACGUCUGUCGUCCAUCUUGGAAGGCUGCUUGACCUGCACGGCCAAGGCGUCCAGCUCCAUCCGAAUGAUGUUUUGUUCCUUCUACAAGGUGUUCUGGUUGUCCUGGGAUGACAAGGGUUUGAUACAGAUUGGCAGCGGGAGCAAACCAAACAGGAACAAGCUCAUGACCUACCGGGGCAGCAACAAGUUCACCAUUAACUAUAUACAGGCCAUGUCCCAUGGCCACUCGGGGGACUGGCAGGUCAGGAAAGACUGCCCACCGGGUCGUUAUGGUUCACGAUGCUACCUACGCUGCGGCCAGUGCGCAUGCCCCGGGGACUGUGACCCUGACUACGGGCGGUGCAAGAAGGGAUGCAAGCCCGGCUGGACAGGCAUCAGGUGCAAGAGAGCCUGCAAAAAAGGGACCUACGGGUCUCGCUGCCAAAAGUGUGGUCACUGUAAGAACAAGGCCCAAUGCAAUCGUGUCACCGGACACUGUCCGGGGUUGUGUGAGCCAGGAUGGACAGGGGAUCACUGCGACGAGUUCUGUCCCAACUCCACACACGGUGUCGGAUGUCAGAAGUGCGGCCACUGUAGCCUUGGCGAGAGUUGCCACAGAGAAACGGGAAAGUGCGAGACUGGAUGUGACCUUGGGUGGAUGGGGGAGAAAUGUGAUAAAGAGUGCACGCCGGGAUCGUAUGGCGCCAACUGCAGCCUCACCUGCGGACACUGCGGAAACAACACCGCCUGCGACCAAGUGAAUGGCAUCUGUCCCCCCAACACCGACUGUAACCCUGGGUGGUCGGGCUACCGAUGUGACAGGGCUUGUCCUCAUGGAACCUAUGGUCUGGGAUGUGUGGAGUGCGGCCAUUGCAAGGAUGAUGCACUGUGUCACGUGACGACAGGAAUCUGCACUUCCGGUUGUACUGAUGGUUGGACCGGAACACGCUGUGACGAAGAAUGUAGAGAUGGCACGUGGGGAAUGUACUGCAAGCUGGAGUGCGGUCAGUGUCAGGAUGGAGAGCCAUGUGAUAGGGUCACAGGUCGGUGUCCUGGAGAAUGUGCCCUUGGCUGGACUGGCUGUAACUGUGAUGCAGAGUGCACGGCGGGGACGUACGGCGCCAGCUGCAAGGAGGAGUGUGGGUGGUGCAAGAACGAGGAGCCGUGUGACAGGGUGACGGGGCUGUGUAAGGACGGCUGCUACCCAGGGACCAAGGGAGACAAGUGUGAACACGAAUGUGCCGAUGGUUCUUACGGCACUAACUGCUCGGCUAAAUGUGGUCACUGUCUGGAUGAUAUUGCGUGCGACGCUGAGACAGGCUUCUGCCUAAUGGGGUGUACCCCUGGAUGGGAGGGGCUACGGUGUGAUUAUGAAGCUUCAAGUGGGACCAGAAAGAGGGACACCACACAGACACAACUGACCACCGCUGCUGCUGUGAGACCAGGUAAACAGGAACUGCUAGACAAAGUUGCAGCCAUCAGUCUUGGAAUUACUCUCGUCAUCAUCGUCAUCAUCGUCAUCGGCGGGGUUGUCGUUGUCUGGAGACGUCAUCGGCGACCCGAGGAGGAGAUCAAAGUCCACGGCAUCGUCAACCCUGGCGCCAACACCGAGUCCUCCUACGUCGAGAUCCACGGCGACGGAGCUUUCAAGAACACAGAGAGUCAGUGGAAAAGUACCCAGUACGACUCCCAGACCUAACCUGUCAAAGCCCACCCUAGUACGCCCACCCCUCAGCUGGAGUGGGCUGGUAAGACCACUGUACACAAACCGUUCGCUUUUUAUUUCAUACUUGCUUUGUCUAUUAUAGCAAAUGGAGUUAUAUAUUUUUUCAAUAUUUUUCAUUACAAGGCUAAAUCAGAUAUUACAUUUCCGGGGUAAUUGUGUCCACCAUUCCACGCACCAUGGCCCAGAGGUGACCCUAAGUAGCAUCUGCUUGUCGUGGGAACUGUGUGGGAUGGAUUGGGUGGUCACUCCAGGUAGAAUGUCACCAUGCUUUCAGUCACCCGUUUCACAAAGCGGUUCUUAUGCAAGGACGAUCACUACCACUGUUUCACAUAGCGGUCCUAAUGCAAGGACGACCGUAGCUACCACUGUUUCACAAAGCGGUCCUAAUGCAAGGACGACCGUAGCUACCACUGUUUCACAAAGCGGUCCUAAUGCAAGGACGACCGUAGCUACCACUGUUUCACAAAGCGGUCCUAAUGCAAGGACGACCGUAACUACCACUGUUUCACAAAGCGGUCCUAAUGCAAGGACGACCGUAACUACCACUGUUUCACAAAGCGGUCCUAAUGCAAGGACGACCGUAGCUACCACUGUUUCACAAAGACUUACGAUAGCCUUUGACCUUAAUAUCGCUUUCUGAAAAGGACCUUAGUCAUAAAACCGUCAUAAUUAAGCUGAACAGAUUGAAGCGUUCACUCAACGUGUUUCGGUGCAAUAAAAGCACAUAGUGAUCAUAAGACAUUACAAAUAUCGAUUUUGUCCACAAGACGGUUCGUAUAUUUUUCUUGACCAACUGCGUUCACUAUUUGACAUAACUGUGGUUCUUCUUAUCGGUCGUACGUUGAGUGAAAGCAUUUUAUUGUUCAUAUUUAUAUAGAGUUAUACUUUACAUCCGAUACUGGAGACGACAGUCCGAGAUUUCCUAUAUAUAUAACUUCAUAUCUGUAUAGUGUUCACUGUUGCCUUCUGUGAGGACAAGUGGCUACUGUAUAUUCCCUGCACAACACGAAGUCAUACUGUAUGUGUAACCCCGCCCCCUCAUUGAUCGUUGAACCGUGUCCGGGUGUUGCUUCUUGCUCUUCUGUUUUGUAAAACAAACAUGUAAACAAUCGCUUGGAAAUAAAAUCAUGUCAGGACA